AUGGCCAGCCCUGUGGAUACCUCUCCAGCAGGCCGUGCCAGUGGGUUGGGUCCCCACCGGAGAAAGCGCACCACCUUCAGCAGAGGACAGCUGCUGGAGUUGGAGAGGGUGUUUGCAGCACGGCCCUAUCCUGACAUUGGCACCCGUGAGCACCUGGCCCAAGUCACCAGCCUUCCUGAGGCCAAGAUACAGGUGUGGUUCCAGAACCGCCGGGCCAAAAGAAUCAAGAACAGGAAGCCAGGAGGCCUCAGCCCCAGGCCUGAGGCCCCCAAGAGCUCCUGUUCUCUUCCAGACACCCUCCAGCAGCCCUGGGAGCCCCGAGUGCUGGGCCAGCACCCGCCCUCCACCAGCACCCUUCAGCGCGCCUCAGCAUGCCGACAUGCCUCCUGUCCAGCUCCUAGCUUGGGCCCAGGGCAGGGCUGGCCAGGGGCUAAAGCUGCAACCCCAAGGGGACCAGCCAGGGCUUCAGGAGUCCACCCUUCUUUGGAGCGAGGUGCUCCCCAGACCUCACUCAGCAGCCUGUCUGACCUCAUCUAUGCCUCGGCCAUUGUCACCAACGUGGAUCACUCCUAA